AUACGGGCGGCAAAUAGUAAAUAGACGGGCGGCAAAUAGCUAUUCACGUAAAUCUUAGCCACCUCGCCUUCUCUUUACGUUCAUACUACUACUGUUUCGUCUUUCACCCUCGGGCUCUCAUUUUCACUUCACUCCGUUCCAAAACCACAGACGGAAGGGAGUCAGUAUCCUUUCCUUUUCUCCCAAAAGGAAAUGCAUUUUUCUCACACAACACAGCAUCAUUAAGAUUGUCCCUUUCUUCUUGCAAUCCAUCCAAUUCCGCUGCGCCAACCCAAUUGUACUGAGAUUUCACCACAGCCUCUAGUUUUUUUUUUCUUCCCUUCUUCCCCACUCUUCUGAAGUCUUCUUCUCCAUCUCUAUUUCUCUCCCCCCCCUUUCCUCUCCUGUCUCGGUAGAGAAUUUUCUCCCAAAGCUUUACACAGAAAUGGCGGCCCACUGCAUUAUCCCGACCAGGGACGUUCUUCACACCGUAGGGGAUAAAAGCUACGACAACUGGAUCGCCUGCCUCAAAACCUACCUUCUCUCUCAGGAUCUCUGGGAUUUAAUCGACCUCCCGGAACCUACUACCGCCGCCGCCGCCGCUACAAGCGACGUGGCCGGGACUAGUGGUACUACUACUACUACUAGUAUUCCGGCGUGGCGGAGGAAGAAUGCGGCGGCUCUGCACGCGAUUCAGAUUUCUCUGGGUUGCGACAUCCUCCACCAGAUACGGGAAAUUAGUUCGGCGAAGGAGGCCUGGGACACUCUAGCCGGUAUGCAUCAGAAAAAGAAGAAGAAGAAGAAGAAGCAGCUCCCACAAAACGAGCCUGGAGCUGGAGCUGGAGCUGGAACUGAAACUGAUGGGCAGCAGCAGCAGCAGCAGCAGGGCGAUGCUGGUAAAAAAGUUAUUUAAUUGAAUUGCCGCUUUGCACUUUGUUUAAUUACUAUCCAGUUCAUAAUCUUGCAGUGAUUUGUGCCCCUCCUGGCUCCUCUUAAUGCUUUGGCUAAGGGUUAAAAAGUUUCAUGGAUUCAAUCUUUACACUAAUUAAGUAUGAGUUUCACAACAAAAUUGUCAUUAAACUCCCCAAACAAGAAUGAUAACCAACCGAAACAGAACAUCAUCCUUCUACUUCUCCCUUAAUUACCCGCGUCAUGAACCGAAAUUGGUAAAGGUUCUAGUCCCCCAUAGCUAUAGACAGAGCUUCGUCUCUGACAGCUAAAUCGAAGGAGGUGGAGAAAGUUGUGGAGGAGAAGAGUGAUGGGAGUGGGUGAUCCCACCCAGGCCGCCCAACUUGGUGGAGCCGAUGGGUCCUCCGGAGGAAGAAGAAGGAGAACAACUUGGAUACCUUGAUGAAUAAUUAGAAAGGUGAAGAUGAUACUGUUGGCAAAUGGUCCAACAAGAUGGCCCCAACCCCAACGUGAGAUCAGAAUCCCGGUAGGCUCCAGCUCCAAGCCAGUUAGUUACUCCAUGAGAGCCAUUUUAGCCACUAAAUGAAUGGAAGUGGUCAGACAGAUUUAUGGCUCAGAGUGCUUCACUCCAUCUACAUCGCUGUCUUUUACCCUACCAGCUGGGCAGGGCAAACAACGGAGCAUUCUAGGAAUCGUGGGUGCAGUAUGCAUAUCUAGUUGGAGACCACCAUCACAUACCCUCACUCUUCUCAUUAAUGCCUUUCCUCUUAUUUCUCUCGUGCUAAAAUGGUUCAUCAUCUUCCUUCACUUUCUCUUUCUAAAUUUUUCACUCGCCAAUUUUAUCAUUUCAAGUCUUGGAUUCAAUAAGGCAUAAGGCCAGUAGUGUUGGGAUUCUGUCUAGUGUCUAUCUCAUCUGGGUGUUGUCUAAGCGUCUCAAGACCCUAAAACCAAAAAUGCCAAUUUUAUAUUAUAUGAUAAAUGAAAUAUUAUUUAAAACACUUCAUUUCUUCAAUUCAAAUGAUUAAAAUUUGAAAAUCACUUAACACUCAGACAACCAGAAAAUAAUCCACAAGUUCAUGGAGACAUAGUGUCAUUUCUCACAAAGUUCUCGAGCUAUUGAAAAUGUUGGGAUAGAAUUCUGAAUUUGUAGAUGUUAAUUUCUCUUUUAACAAUGAUCACAGCUUAGCUUCAUCUAACUAUAUCUAGGUGUUCCCUUACUCCGUCGAUAUGUUCUCGAUACCUAACUUAUCGUGGAACCCCUAAACGAAGUGUGGCUAUCCAUCUUGUAAGGUGGAAUUCUACUUCAGAAUUUGAGAAUGCUCAAAUCAAUCCCUCCUCAAUCUCAUCAUCAUCUUCGUCUCGAGUGGGUCUAGGAACUUACCUAACUUCCACUUAUUUUCCACUGACAAAAUCAGCCAGUAACAAACACAGAGCGAGCUAGUGAUUUUCUUAACCACACUGCUCAUCAAGCAUUGCAUUGCAUUGCAUCGUCACUUGGGGGAACUAAUUAGUUUAUCAUAAUUUCACUAAUAAAGUGCGUCACUGAGAAUUCCGAGGCUGUGUGCAUACAUAUAGAAAUCAAUACUACUUUUUUCUUAGCAAAAAAUAUUGCUGGAAGUGGCUGCAUGACAGAAUUUGAAAUCGAUCUCAGCUUCUGCUAAUUCGGAUGCGUUGAAUGACUGGUGCAAGUCACUGGAUAUGCCGAGUCGUCGUCCCCCAUCUAUUGUAACGACGUUCCGUUACUAUCCAGUCGGGUUGAAUCCCCUAGCGGGCUCCCGAUCUGUCUUCUGGCUGCGCUGGUACUGCUGGAUAACUUCAUUAGUCCACGUCAUCAGACUGCAAGAUUCUUCGAGCUCGUCGAGAGACCACAGCUUCGGGAUGAUGAUGAGCUCGUCGGAUGACGACGACGAGAUCAACGACACCCAAAUAGCCACUCGCGACCUCCACAAAUUGAGCAGCACCAAGACCAAAGAGCGCUCAAGGCAGCGCUCAUCGGCGGACGACGCCGCCGCCGGCGAGAAAUGGAUGAAGGAGACCGCCACGUCCUCCACCGUCGUCGGGUCCCUCAUCAUCACCAUCAUGUUCACGGCGGCGUGCACCGUCCCGGGCGGCAACAACCAGGAGAAGGGCACGCCGAUUCUGCUCCACGACAAGGCGUUCAAGAUCUUCAUCGCCUCCGACGCUCUGUCCCUCUUCGCCGCCUCCACGUCGGUGCUGAUGUUCCUCGGGAUCCUCACGUCGCGCUACGCGGAGGCCGAUUUCCGGCGAUCGCUGCCCACCAAGCUGGUGAUCGGGCUGUCGACGCUCUUCGUCUCGAUUGCGGCCAUGAUGGUGACGUUCUGCGCCACCGUGAUGAUCGUCAUGGACCACCGGCCGUUGUACGUGGUUCCGAUUGUGAUGAUGGCCAGCGUUCCGGUGACGCUGUUUAUGUUCCUGCAGUUUCCUUUGCUGGUUCAGAUUUUCAGGGCGACUAAUUAUGGGCCCCACUCGAAUCAGUUUGACCGGAAGAUGAAGCCCUGGCUUUUGAGUCUUUGAACGCCAAGGUUGGGGUUCUGUCGUUUGUUGAUUAAUGAAGUUGUGUUCAUGAAUAUAUUUGUGUAAAUAUAAGGUAGCACAAAAUAUAUAUGUAAAAUCGGUUGCUACUCAGCCUUUGUAAUCCGCUUCAUUUGACAUUUUGUUUUUUUGUUUUACGUUUUUGUUUUAAUUUGGAAUUUAAAGGCCAAAUCCUACCACCUGAUAUAACUGCCCUGCUAUGGACCGGGAAAUCGUUGGAAUCGAGAAAUUAAGAAUACAAAAGCGAGAAUCGAAGACAGACACACGAUACGCAAUUUGUGUGGUUCACUAACACUAUGUGAAAUAGGUAGUCACUUUAUGGAAGUGGUAGACCGUUUUCUUGUAAAGUGGU